UGAGGAUAAACACAAGCUGCUCUCGCGCCGUGUGGCACGUAAAACCUGAGUUUGGCUCGAGUUUUUGCCGUCAUUUUUAUUUCACAGAAAAAACUAGUUGUUUCUAUCAGCUCGACUGUUUGGCUGCCUUUCGUAGCGUCAUCAGAUCGUCUGAAGCUACCUGAAGCUCUGGAGAUGUCUCCUGAAGACCGCGGGGCAGGACUGAGCUGGGAGAUCAUCGACUCCGGGCAGGACAGCCGGUCUGGGACUGGACCUCAGCUCAGCGACUCCCUCAAACUCUUCCUCCAGGAGAUGUCAGCUUUCAAACAGCAGAAUCCUGGCAAGUUUUGCCUGCUGGUUUGCAGUUUCUGCACCUUCUUCGCUGUCUUAGGACGCUACAUUCCAGGGAUUGUUAUCUCAUAUAUUCUAGUGCUGGGUGUUUUCUUGUGGCCUCUGAUUUCGUCUCACGAGGUUGGUUUGUGGCUGGAGCCAGUUCUGCAGAAGCUGGACUUUGGCAUCGGGGAGUUCAUUCAGAAAAUUAAGGAGAACCACGAGAAAAGGAUCUUGCAGGCUCAGACUGAGAAGGAAGGCAUCGAGUCGGACCUGUCCUCCAUGUUUCCCAAGCUCGACUCCACGGUGUGUAAGGAAAUGUGUGUGUCAGACACAGAGGUGUCUGAUGUGACGUGGACGGACAACGGUACUUUCAACCUGUCAGAGGGACACACGCCACAGACUGAGAACUCAGAGGAUCUCGACAGAGAAGAAGCGUUCACCGGAGGCCUUCCAGAAUUCCCCUCACUCGACAACGGCGCAACGACCAACGGUGACGACGACGACGACCUCAGCCUCGGCCUUCCCACGUCGCCACCUCAGCCGCAGCAGCCAAUCAAAUCCACGCAUGCGGCCUCUUCUCACAAAGAUCAACCCAUCGACAAAGCCCUCGAAUUAGUCAACCAGAUGGCGGGCGACGUCAUCGCCGCCGCUGUCACAGCUGCCAUCCAGGAGAGAAUAGAAUCAGCGGUCGGCUUCUCAGCGCUGAGCGAAGGCUCGGAGCGGUCAAGACUCCCAGAAUCCACCAGGCUGCUGGAGCUGGCCGAGGAGUCGGACAGCGAGGUGGAGGACUUUGAGCUGCUGGACCAGUCGGAGCUGGAGCAACUGGAAGGGGAGCUGGGUCUCGGAGAGGAGACGGCCCGGGCCAAAGAAGAGGAUCCGGCUCAGAGUGACAAGCCGGCUUCAUCUGGUUUCUUCUCUAAACUCCUGAGACGCCACUGAUGGAUGAGAAGUUCGGUCAGCAGGGGACAAGGACGGGUUACAGAGGACAUGUGGAGGGCAGAGGGGAUGCUCUGGUCAGAAGACUGUUGGGGGGUAGCGAGAAAACAAUGUUUCCAUUUAUCUGUUUUUCCUGUAGAGCUAACAUCAACAUUUUUAAACCGGUCAGUUCGUCAAA